UUCAAGAUUCGGACUGGUUCAGGACUUCAAGAUUCGGACUUGAGAGAUUCAGUACUGUCUCUCCUAUUGCUUCUGUUAUUGUUUUUCAUGAUAAGAUGAAUGGGGUGAAGAUAAUUUCCAUGCUUUUGGCUAUCUUAGGGUAGUGGUUAAGGACAUAACCAACUUGAGAUUUCACAUUUGAAUUUCAUAACAUUAUUUGAAUUGUAUUGAAAUUUCAUAACAUUAGUUUACUGUGUAUACUUGUGGAUUGCUUCAACUAGUUAGUUACUCAUUACAUAGCUAUUAAUCUGUUUUCCUUAUUUUUUCUGAUAGAUUAUGGCGAGGACAAAGCAAACUAAGAGGGUAUCGUCUGAAGAGUUGGCCGAUCGUCGUGCCUAUCUCCACGCUUCUCAUAGGCGAGGUGAUCAUGAUACAGAUGUGUCGACUUCUCGGAAGCAGGCUAGGAAGGGUGCUAGGAAGGGGGCUCCGAAGGCAACCACUGAGGUUCCUGCCCCUGCUACUGAGGUUCCUGCUACUCAGGUUCCUGAUACUGAGGUUCCUGCCCCUGCUACUGAGGUUCCUGCUACUCAGGUUCCUGCUACUGAGGUUCCUGCUCUCUCGACGCCUGAGGUUACUGCUACUGAGGUUUCUCCUCAGUCGACGCCUGAGGUUACCGCCCACGAUACUGUUGAGCCUUCCACCUCUUCACUUGAUAUUGAUGCAGUUGAGGAGCCGGAGUCGGAGUCGGGGUCGGAGUCGGGGUCUGAGUCUGAGAUUGAGGGUGAGGAUGUAGAGGUAGAGGAUCCGAAUAUGCCGCUGCUCCAGAGAGAUCCACCGUUUCCUGGUGGGCCGGUUGAGUUGUCACUUCUGCAGCAUUACCCGGAUCACAUAGCGCCGUGGACGUGGCAUACCCUACUAGGCACCACUGACCCUCGUUAUUCUGAGCGAGGUGAUUUGAGGCUUGCCAGUGCUGGUACGAAGCUCGGGCUGAUGACGUGUGAGGGGGACAAUUACAGGGAGGUCCGGUUGAUUGUGGAGAGGAGCGGACUGUAUCCACUGGUCAGGUGCAGCUAUGUAGAGACGGAUCCAGGGCUUAUAUCGGCCCUUGUGGAGAGGUGGCACGAGGAGACUAGUAGUUUCCACAUGCCAUUUGGGGAGAUGACUGUCACCCUUGACGACGACUCCGCUCUUCUUCACAUCCCGGUUGGUGGGAGAUUCUACACUCCAGGAGUGGCCUCGAGAUAUGAUGUGGCAGAGACCUGCGCUUUGCUGUUAGGGGGGGAUGCAGAUUUGUACAUGGUUGAGUUUGAUAAGCUUAGGGGUCCGACUAUGAGGUUCAGCUUCUUGCGAGACCUUUACCCGAAAGCUGUUGCAGAGGGGCGGUACGAGCAUGCAGCCAGGAUGUACCUGAUGCAUCUUGUUGGCGCGACAUUGUUCGCCGACAAGAGUGGGGGGCACUCAUUCUCCGCCCGUUGGAUAGGCAUGCUACAGGAUCUUGAGCGGGUGUCGGAGUUCGCGUGGGGCGCCAUGGCCCUUGCCACGUUGUACGACCAGCUUGGACAGUCUUCUCGCAGCGGGGUCAAACAGAUGGGCGGUUACACUUCCCUGUUGAUGGCCUGGGUCUUUGAGCACUUUCCAGACAGGCUCGUUCGCCGGUAUGCGAACCCGGCUUACACAGAGGACCAGCCCAGAGCUCGUAGGUGGACAGAGUCACGGUCGGGGCAUGCUAGGCUUGACGAGAGGCGAGUACUACUUGAUGAGUUGACGGCCGACGACGUCACUUGGACUCCAUAUGAGGCCCACAGGGAAUGGCGACAGCGGGAUGAGAGGGCUUUGUUCUCAGGCUACAUUCGGUGUCCCUAUCCCCCUGCUGUGCGACCUCAUCUUCCGGAGCGGGUCAUGCGACAGUUUGGGUAUAUACAGACGAUCCCGCGCCACCCUAGUGAGAUGGAUAGAUCUCCCGCAGCUGAAGCUGUUGAUGAGGCAUUCGCAGGUUAUGUGCAGUACUUGUUCCCUGAGGGCGACCCUGCUAUAGAGGAGGGACAGGCUGUGGGCGGUUACAUGGAUUGGUAUGCUAGAGUGUCUCAUUGUUUCAUCAUACCGGAUGAGAGGAGGAUUGAUCUCAGUGUCGUGGUAAAUUUUAAAUUUUAUUUCUAUUUUCUUUAUGCACUUGUGGCUGCUUUGCGUAGGGCUUUAGAAGUCCUUGAGUUGUCACUUGAGGUGGAUGAUGCUUUGCUGCCAGGCACACAGGCCCGCGCUUUAACGGAGAGAGCACUUCGCAUCCUCCAGGACUUGGCUGGGACACAGGGCAUUGCUUACGCUGCUGGGAGAGGAGGUCUGGGAGCAGAUGACCGAGUAGGUGGCCGAGCCGGCGGCCGAGCAGGUGGCCGAGCAGGUGGCCGGAAGGGCGGCAGGGCAGCAGGUGGCCGGGAGGGCGGCAGGGCAGGAGCCAGGGGAGGUCGUAGGGGCAGUAUGACGAGCACAUUUUUCUAUGAUGAUGAAAUGCUGCUUCUAAAACAAGAUAAUGAUGUCAGUGAAGGAAUGUUGCUUCAACAACAAGAUAAUGUUCAGCCUAUAAGUGUGGAUACCACUCAUUUAUGGUCGACCGAUCAGGUAUUCAUUGCGUAUACCAUAAUGACAUUAUUGUUUAGUGAUGCUUGA